AUGGAAAAAUUUGUCGACGGAGACCACCCUUUCCAAUCAGCUGUAGAAAAUGCCAAAAACAAGGAACAAGGAGAAUUGAUAGCUAAGGAUCCAAAGCAUGGUGGAAAAGUAUGCGAAGGCAUAAACGAAUAUCUGGACUAUCUCGAAGAUAACUACAAUUGCGCCGACUACGAACACUACUUUGAUGAUAUUCAAGCUGAGUUUUGA